CAGUGCCGCCGGGACCGUUGGCGUGGUAACGUCUGCUAUAGUUUCUGUGUCACUUGAGCCGCGGGCGCUGCUAACUAAGAAGCAGAGCACGCGGGCCUGUUAUCAUGUCGCGUUACGGGCGGUAUGGAGGAGAAACCAAGGUGUAUGUUGGUAACCUGGGCACUGGUGCUGGCAAAGGAGAAUUAGAAAGGGCUUUCAGUUAUUAUGGUCCUUUAAGAACUGUAUGGAUUGCGAGAAAUCCCCCAGGAUUUGCCUUUGUGGAAUUUGAAGAUCCUAGAGAUGCAGAAGAUGCAGUACGAGGACUGGAUGGGAAGGUGAUUUGUGGUUCCCGAGUGAGGGUUGAACUAUCAACAGGCAUGCCUCGGAGAUCACGUUUUGAUAGACCACCUGCCCGACGUCCCUUUGAUCCCAAUGAUAGAUGCUAUGAGUGUGGUGAAAAGGGACAUUAUGCUUAUGAUUGUCAUCGCUACAGCCGGCGAAGGAGAAGCAGGUCAAGGUCUAGAUCACAUUCUCGAUCCAGAGGAAGGCGAUAUUCUCGCUCUCGCAGCAGGAGCAGGGGGCGGAGGUCAAGAUCAGCUUCUCCACGACGAUCAAGAUCUGUAUCUCUUCGUAGAUCAAGAUCAGCUUCACUCAGAAGAUCUAGGUCUGGUUCUAUAAAAGGAUCGAGGUAUUUCCAAUCCCGGUCAAGGUCAAGAUCAAGAUCCAGGUCUCUUUCCCGACCAAGAAGCAGCCGAUCAAAGUCCAGGUCUCCGUCUCCGAAACGAAGUCGUUCCCCAUCAGGAAGUCCGCGCAGAAGUGCAAGUCCUGAAAGAAUGGACUGAAGCUCUCAAGUUCACCCUUUAGGGAAAAGUUAUUUUGUUUACAUUACUAUAAGGGAUUUGUGAUGUCUGUAAACUGUAAUCUAGAAAGGAUAUUUCAACCAUCUAAUCAAAAUAGAUCUGGAUUAUUACUCUGUAAAUUCACAGAAGUAAGAUAAUAUAAGUUUGUUGAAUGUAUUAACAUCCUUUGGUCUGAAAAAUGUGGGGUUUUAUUUGGCACAUUUAAAUAAAAUGUUUCUAACUAGA